AUGGAGAUGAAAACGAUGGUUAAAAAACGCAGCGUCGCGGAAGAAUCGCAAAGCGAGAACGAAGCGAAUGAUGCGCCCAACAGCAACGGCAGUCCAAAGGAAAACAAAACCGAUGGCGCUCAUGAUAGUGAGGAAUCAAAUGUCCAACCACCGGAGACGUUAAAGCCAGGCUCACAAAUUCGUCCGACCGUGUCCGAAGAAGAGGUCCGCAAACUCGCGGAAAGGCUGUACGGCAUAACAGUGCUGGAGAUGUGCGAGCUUGAUUCGUAUGAUGAUCGCAAUUUCAUGAUCCAAGCCGACAGCUACGUGAAAAACCCUAUAUUGAAAUCAAUCAAUACGAGCGGUUAUGUGAUGAAGAUAGCGAACUCGCUCGACUCGAAAGACGAAACGUUUUUCCAUGCGCAAAAUGAGAUCAUGCUGUUGUUGAGCAAGCGCGGCAUCAAAUGCCCAGUGCCCGUGCAGAACAUCCACGGCAAGUAUCAUUCGGUCGAAAAGCUGAACCAAUUCGAAAAUGUCGUUCGGCUGCUGGAAUACAUUCCGGGGAAGGUGUUCCAUGGUGUGCCUCACCCGGACGGUCUGUUUUACCAAGCGGGCCAAUUUAUUGCUAGGAUCGAUUCAGCGCUAAAGUCCGUGGAUAAGGAUCUCGUUGCUAAGCGAAAUUCAAUCUGGAUGCUGGACAAUUUUCCAAAGUUAAAAGAUUUCAUCUACGUGAUCAAGGACGAACAUCAUAAAGGUAUAGUGGAGCAAGUAUUGGAUGCUUUUCAGCGGCGUAUCAUCCCGAACCUGGGUGAAUUCGAGCAAGGCGUUAUAUACGGCGAUUUCAAUGAGCACAACGUAAUUGUUAACAAGAAAGCUUCGAACAGCAAGGAGUAUGAAAUUACCGGUAUAAUAGACUUUGGUGACGUGUGCUAUUCGCGAUACGUGUUUGAAUUGGCCAUAGCCAUGACAUAUAUGAUUUUGGAAUCAGCCGACCUUAACACCGGGGGUCUGGUGAUAGCUGGCUACAGCAUGAUUCGUUUGAUUCCCCAACAUGAAAAAGACGUGCUGAAGGUUGCGAUCGCUGCUCGUCUGUGCCAGAGCCUCGUUUUGGGACUGUAUACGGCCACUGUUGAUGCAACCAAUCAAUAUAUUUUGUCCACACAAACUCGAGGAUGGAAUGUACUGGAAGCCCUUUGGCAAGAAAGUGAAAAGGACCUCUUGGAACGUUGGAAUACGAUUGCAGAGGAGUACCUAACUCGAAGCUCUUGAUAGCGAAGGCUCGUAGUAAUGGAAGAUGAUGUACGAAUUAAUACAAUUAAUCGAACUGAAAAGAGCAAUAUUCACACUGAUCAAUUAAAUGAACGAACAAAAUCGUUUAAGCUGACAUUUAGUGGCUUUGUAGAUUUCAAAUAAAAUACAAUUUUUUUCUGCACCUGUACAGCCUUUGAGCAUUGGAG